AUGGCUUUGUCCCUCGCCUCCAGAGCUGUCCCUCAGCUGCCUCGGUUCGGCUUCCUCUCGGCCGCAAUCGCCUUACCCUCCAUCUCCAUUACCGUCCCGCCGCUCCUGUCCGAUCUCUGGGACUCGGUCCUCCGCGCCGUCCCGAAGAAAAAGACCUCGCACAUGAAAAAGCGUCAUCGCCAAAUGGCUGGAAAGGCUCUGAAGGAUGUUCAAAGUCUCAAUAAGUGUCCGGGCUGUGGUCAAGUAAAGCGGGCUCAUCUGUUGUGUCCUAACUGCGUGAAAGAUAUCCAACAAUCGUGGAAGUCGGUCCAAACCGCAUGA